CCAGGUUCUCGACCAAUCCACGGACCACGCUUCAUCAAAGUUCCCACUCCAUGCAUCGUUGCGGGACGCAUACUUGUAAUUCAUUAAAUUUGGACUCUCUAAUUGCAAAAACUGCUGCCGGAUUUACUGGGUGGUACUUUGUAUUACAUUUUGACCUCAACUCUACUUGGCCCCAAUGCCGCGUCAAACCAAACGGCCCCUUGAGGUCAUCGACUUGACCGGUGGUGGCCAAAACACCCGACCAGCCAAGUCACCGCGGAAUACUUCAUCGUCGCACAACUUACAGCCCGCUGCGCCGGGGUUAGGUCAACCAUCUUCGAGUGCAACCUCGGUACCGAAUUCGACUCAAAACAACCCUGAAAACGAUGAGCCAGAACCCUCAACGCAGGAUCUCACUCAGAGUGACGAUGGGCCCCAGCGGGAGUUGUAUGGCUCCUUCGACGGCAAAAUUGUGGGUGUCAGAUAUUAUAAUGGCAUGGCCACGGGUGGGGAGGUGGUGAUUUGUAAGAGAGAGCCCUCUAAUCAGUAUGACCCAAAUGCAAUUCGGGUGGACAAUGUACUCGGAAGACAGAUCGGGCAUAUCCCGAGAACAGUAGCCGCAAAACUCGCCCCAUACCUGGAUAACAAAGAAAUCACUAUUGAAGCUAUACUCAGUGGCGAGAAGGGCUUCUAUGAAUGCCCCAUUCGCAUGUACUUCUAUGGAACCGCCGACGCCCUCGGCCGGGCUGGCCUAGAGGAGCGUCUGAAGAGCGACAAGCUUGUUAAGGCCACGCAGCUCAAGCAAACCCGAAAGGAUAACGAGCAGCAACGGAAAACUAUGGGUUUGAAGGGCGGUAGAAGUACUGCUGGAUUUGCACCCGCCGAGCCAGAGGUUUCUCUAGCGCAGUUGGCCCAGACCAGCCAAGCUGUCAACUUCCGUGCCGGUGGGGAUAUUGCCCAGACGUUGGCCAUGGAUGAAGACCAGCUCUCCGAAAUGCCCCAGGCGGAACAACCCGACAAAGUGUGCGCCAAGCUGCUGCCGUACCAACUCCAAGGUCUUGCGUGGCUCACGGCGAAAGAGAGCCCGGUGUUUCCGGAGCCAGGCUCCCCAGAGUCUGUCCAGCUUUGGAAGCGCGAUGCCAAAGGCCGAUUUGUCAACAUUGCCACCAACUUCACCGUUGCAGCCCCUCCCAAACUCCUCUCUGGCGGCAUCCUAGCCGACGACAUGGGCCUCGGCAAGACGCUUCAGAUCAUCAGUCUGAUUAUGACCGGUGGGCCGGGGAGCACACUCAUCGUUGCGCCAGUUGGUGUGAUGAGCAACUGGGAACAACAAAUCAAGCGCCACGUGUCUGAUGAACAUCUGCCUGAAGUGCUCAUCUAUCACGGAACUUCUCGACAGACUUCCGCUAAGUCUUUGAAGAAAUUUGGGGUCGUCGUCACAAGCUACGGCACCCUCAGCAGUGAGGCAGCGACAGGCGGCCCUCUGACCAAGCUCGACUGGCGCCGGGUUGUUCUGGACGAGGGCCACACCAUCCGCAACGCCAAAACGAAGGCGGCCGAGGCGGCCUGCAAGCUGAAGGCGCAAUCAAGAUGGGUUCUAACAGGAACUCCGAUCGUCAACAAUAUCAAGGAUCUUCACUCCCUUGUCAAGUUCCUCCAUAUUACAGGCGGCAUUGAGCAGUCUGAUAUUUUCAACGCCGUCAUAGCACGGCCGCUGGCACUGGGAGAAACCCGGGCCGAGGCGCUCUUGCAGUCCCUCAUGAAGGAUGUCUGCCUCCGUCGUCGGAAGGACAUGAAGUUCAUCGACCUUAAGCUUCCGGCCAAGACCGAAUACAUCCACCGCAUUACCUUUUGGGCGGACGAAAAGAAGAAAUACGAGGCUUUGCUUUCCGAGGCUCAAGGCGCUCUGCAGGACUUCCAGGACAAAUCCAAAUCGGGCCAAAAGGGCAGAUUCCAAGGCGUGCUCGAGAGGUUGCUCCGCCUUCGCCAAACAUGCAACCACUGGACCCUAUGCAAGGAGCGCAUCGCCGAUCUGAUGAAGCUCCUUGAAGAGCAAGACAUUGUCCCGCUCAAUGACGAGAACCGUGUCCUCCUGCAACAAGCACUUCAGCUCAUCAUCGAAAGCCAAGAGGAAUGCCCUGUUUGCAUGGAGAACCUAACGGACCCCGUCAUAACUCACUGCAAACAUUCUUUUUGUCGCGCCUGUAUCUCCAAGGUGAUUGAGAUACAGCACAAGUGUCCCAUGUGCCGCGCCGAGCUAGCCGAGGACAAGCUAGUCGAGCCGGCACCCGAACACUCGGCCCAGGAGGAAGAGGCGGGCCUCGACCAAGAGACAAAGAGCUCCAAGACGGAAGCACUGCUCAAAAUUCUCCAGGCUACUCUGAAAAACGACGGAUCCAAAGUCAUCAUCUUCUCUCAGUGGACGUCGUUCUUGACCGUCAUCCAGCGGCAGUUGGAAGAGGCAGGGUACACCUAUACCCGAAUCGACGGUAGCAUGAACACGUCCAAACGCGAUGCCGCUAUUCACGCUCUCGAUCACGACCCCGCUACUCGUAUCAUGCUCGCCAGUCUAAGCGUGUGCAGUGUGGGAUUGAACCUGGUCUCAGCUGACACCGUCGUUCUUGCUGACAGCUGGUGGGCCCCGGCCAUCGAGGACCAGGCCGUUGACCGUGUCCACCGUUUGGGUCAGACCCGGCCCACAACGGUCUGGCGCCUGGUCAUGGAGGGCACCGUUGAAGAGCGGGUGCUCGACAUCCAGGGAGAGAAGCGAGAGCUUGUCAACAAGGCUUUCCAGGAGAAGCAAGGCAAACAGAAAAAGACAAAGGAGACGCGCAUGGCCGACAUCUUGAAGCUGCUUACUUGAAAUAAGAUGGAUUCUAGAUGUGAUUUGAGGACAUCUGUGCCGCUAUCGCUACCACAAGAGGAGACUAUUCCGGAGCCCUACGGAUGUCAUCGAGAUACUACAGUUUAUUCGCAAAAGCAUAUCGAGGCUGGUCA